GGUCUCCUCUGAGGACUUCACUGUAAUCAGGCCGUCAUGGAGGUUCCAUACCCCAACUCCUCUUUGCUCUACCUCUCUCUCAGCCCCUUAAAUCACAGCGGUGGAGAGGAGACAGUGUACGAGCAAUGCAAAGACAUGCCCGCCGCCAUCAUUUGGUACCUGGGCCUGCAGUUCAUUAACAUGUUCCUGGGCAUUCCGACCAACCUCACGGUGCUGUGGCUCAUCCACAAGAACAAGGGCGACUCCUCCACCUCGGACAUCUUCAUCCUUCAACUGGCUAUCCUAGAUGUGCUCUUCUGCCUCACCCCUCCUCUGGAGCUGGCCAACAUAGUCUUCAUCACCACCAGCAGCACCUGGUACGUCCUGCGGUUCUUCUACGGCAUGAAGGACUCCUCGCCGCUCCUCCUCGCCUGCAUCUGCCUGGACCGUUACAUGGCUGUUGUCCACCCCAUCACCUUCACCGAGCUCAAGGACCGACAGCACAGAGCGGUCCUGGCCAUGCUGGUCUGGCUGUUCAUCCUGGGCUACGCUGCCGCCAAGUGCGUGGGCAACAUCCCCAACUUCGAGAAGGUCUUCACGGCGAUGAUCCUCGCCGCGUUCACCUUCAUGGUCUUCUGCAACAUUGCCAUUCUCUGGGUGCUGCGGCAGUCUGGGCCCGGCAGAGACGAGAUGCACCCAGUGAAGAAGAGGGCCUUCAAAAUGGUCCUCAUCAUCCAGGCCAUCAUAGUGUUCAACUACUUCCCACCUGUGGCGCUGUUCCCCUUCCAGGACUACUUCUCUGCCGACGUGUUCCGCUGCUACAUCCACUACGUGGCCUUCGGCCUGAUGGACUUCAGCAGCACCAUUCAGCCCAUGCUCUACCUCUCCAAGGAAAAGAUGCCACCGAGCCUCAACUGUUGUCACACCAGCACGACUCACAACCUACAAGCCUAAAGGUGCGGCUUCUGUCUCUGUGCCACCCGAGUGUCGUAAUGUGCAAGAUGAAUUAUUUCACCAUACCGAUAUGGUGAAAUGCAAGAUAAUAGAUUUUGAGUUCUUCAAUUACGAAACCUUUGAAUGUGUUAGUUUUUCCGAUGUUUUUUUUUACUUUGUGAAACGUUCAUCACUUCAGCAUACUUUCCGCUAGAGACGUCAUUUCAACUUAAAACUUUAAAUUUGGAUUCAGCUUUUUUUAUAGCUUGUAAACAUUUUAAAUUUUUGCCGUUUGUAUUUUCAUGCUUUUAGUCGGACUGAGUUUAUAAUAUACAAUAUGCCUACUCGUAUAUUCUACUAUCACUGGCAAUAACUCCUGCAUCUCUAUUGUCAUUGCUGCACCCUUCAUCUCUUUCAGACAUUGUCUUACGUGUUAAUACUUUAUAUACUGACACCCCUUUCCAUUAUGUUAGAAACUUGUUGGUAGUUUUUACUCACUGUACUUCACACUUGAAUAGGAUGAAGUACAGUGGAUGUUGUUCAUUGUUAGUGGAAUCAGGUUAGAAUUUGAGGUGCUUCGGCUGCUCUGCCUUUCUCAAUUACAAUUACACAAUUUAAAGAUUACAUUUUAGGAUAAUCUGAACUGUUUCACACUGUGAGAAUUUAUGCACUUGCUGGUUUUCAAUGUUCAUGGCUUAAUCAACAAGUUGAGUCAUCAACUUUUCCAUAUAGUUCAAUGUUGUAUCACCUUAUUUGCUGCACUUUACCUUUGAUUGUACAAUAAAACCACAA